UUCAGUUAGUAACGAACGUUCGCGUAAGUCAGACGUAUCCGCCACGCCCCCGCGCCGCCCAUCGCCCAGAAAAGCUGGGGAAAGCCAGAAAAUCGUAACCGAAGCGAAGCGAGCGCGCGUUAUACGGAAUCGGAAUCGGAAUUGGAAUCGGCAUCGGAGAAUCCGAAUCUGAAAAGCGGAGAAUCGGACAUCGGAAGUUCUGCUUUGGAGUGGAGUGGAGUGGAGCAGCGUCGUCGUGACCGAGCUCAAACAUCAGUCGCUUUAACCCACUCGAUUCGGGCUGCUCUUUUGGGGGCAGCUGGUGCCCAUGGAACUAUGCUUCGGAUAUAUCAUCGUAUCGCCGCGCCAGUUAAAGCUAAUACUUCGACCUGACCAGAGUCAUCUGAAUACCUAACCUACGAAAAUAACUAAAAGUUCAAAACUGAAAACAAAUUGCAUCUAACUUACUAUGUGUGUGUUAUGUCUGUAAAUUUGGUUCGUUGUUAUUGCCCGUAAUACCACACACCACCACACCACACCCCGCCUGAAAAAAAAAAAACAAAUACAAAUCCAAAUCCAAGCCUGCCCGCUAACGAUCAUGCAUAAACCAAAGCUAGGGAAUGCUAUAACCGCUGCCGCCAUUGCCUCAUCCAUAUCCACCAACAACAACAGUGGCAGCAGCAGCAGCAGCUCCAGUAACAACAACAAGUCGAAGCGAGCCCGUCAGUUUGGCCAACACAACAACAGCUCACUUGGAGCUGGUGGCCUGGGUCUUGGCCUGGGGUUGGGGCUCCUCCGGCCGGACGACUCCGGCUUCGACCACCUCGACCACUCGUCACUAAUUGCGGAUUCGAUUGAUUUAGAGCACUACAUCAGCGCCAUGGAGGCCCGUCGACACGACCAGGAGCCGGAUGUGUGGGCCCAGCUGCAGCAGAAGGAGUCGGACAUCCUGCUGGCCGCCGAACUGGGCAAGGCACUGCUCGAGAAGAACGAGGAGCUGGUGAAGCAGCAGGAGAAGCUCAUCGAGGACUAUUCGACCAAAAUCGAGAAACUCGAGCAGGAGAAGCAUGUGCUGCGCCAGAAAUUGGCGAUCGCCGAGGACGAGAGCGAUCAGCGCGUCCUCGAGCUGCAGUCCGAUCUUACCGAACUGAAGGACAAGCUCCAGACCCAGGACACGGCCAUCCGGCAGGCGGAGAAGGAGAAGACCAUCCUCAUAGACGAGCUGCAGCACCAGAACACACGCCUCACCGAACAGAUCCAGGAGGCCCACGCCACCGAGCUCAAGCUCAGCGCACAGAUCCAGGAGCUGAAGGACCAGUAUCACUACAGGAACAGCAGCCUGCAGGAACAUGUCAACAGCCUGGAAUCCAUUAAGACAGAACUCAACCUCACCACGGGCAAGCGGCAGGAGCUGGAGCGGCGACUGCAGCACGCCCAGGAGGAGAAGGAGAACCUCACCUCGUCGCUCGAGGAGUCCUCCGACAGAAUCCACAUGCUAGAGCGCCAUGCCCGCGAGCAGGAAACAAAAUUAGAGACUACCUUACAAGCAUUGGAACGCUCCCAGCGCGAAAAUAAUGUACUCAGUGAACGUUUGGGUGCCGAUACCAACUCGAGCACGCCGGGCAGGAAAAGUCUGCAAUUCGAAAUGGAGUGCGACGAGGAUGAUGGCAGCUACACGGAAACGGGGAAACCGAACCACAUGUGGGUGGAGGCCCGAUCUGUCUACAUACAACUUAAGUCCCUUGUGGAUUCCCUGAAAGUGAGCCAUGAUGAUGACUCAGGUCUCAACUCCGACAUAUCGCUGGAGCUGGAGUCGAUGGACAACACCAUCUCGAGCUCGGAGCGCCACGAGGAUGGUCACCUGGCCAUUGAGUUCCGCCAGGGAAUGCUUUCGUCAAUGUCCGACGAGUUGACCCGGCUGCUGCUUAACCUAGACGCCGGCAACUUCAAGAAAAUGCUGGACCAGACGCGCAACCUGGUGCUCGAGCAGGAGGACGAGAUCAAGCGCAGCCACCAGCUCAUCCAGCAGUUGGAGGCCAAGGUCACGGUGACAGAUGUGGAGCUGCAGAAUGUCAAGGAGGAGCGGGAUCAGGCUCGGGGAGAUCUCGAGGACAACACGGAUCGGGAUGAGCUGCUGUCCAAGGCGCAGACAGAGCGGGAUGCGGCCAAUGAUCGUCGUACCAAGGCCGAGGUAGAGCUGGCCAAGACGCGGGUGGAGCUGAUGCAGGCCAACAGCCAACUGCUGGAGUCCAUUCAGCAGAAGGUGGAGCUGUCGCAGCAGCUGGAGCAGUGGCAGAUGGACAUGCACGAGCUGAUCGACGAGCAGAUGCGUUCCAAGCUGAUCAACAACCGGCGGGCAAUGGCCAACGAGUCGUCCGCCCCACCACCGCCCAGCAGUGCCGCCGCCAAUCUGGCCAAGCGCGUGACCAGCUACAAGCUGUGGAGCUUAUUUCAGCGGUAAUUGGACGAACCUCACGACCCGCUGGAAGGUCUACGCCACCCUCCUGUUCUUGAUGUAGAACGGAUCUAUAUAUUUUUAAUAUUUAUAUUUAUACACAACCAACCACACACAAAUCGGAGAGCCUAGGCAUAUAUACAUAGGUAUUGUACUUUAUUGUUAUUUGUAUACUGGGAGCAUCGCCCUUCAUCUGUUCGUAGUGAAAUCUAUCUAAUUACGCUUUAUUAAUUUUAAACACUUACCGCAUAUUCGAUAUGAUUAUUGUACCAAUUGUAAUUACUGUAAUUGUAACCGUACUCGUACCUAUGUUUAAACAAAAAUCGUCUAAGCAAACGCUUUGCCCUCUAUCUCUCUUUUUAGUUUGUCCAGAAUUGUUCUUAAACCCCUUUAUGGACCCCACAAGUAAACCUAAACCCAUUCAGACAUAUUACGUUUUUAUUAGGACUUGUGGAGUUACUUGUUGGGUCCGUUUAGGUCUAUAUUGUUAAUUGAUAAUCAAAAAAAAAAUGGAAACAUAUCGCGCCUUUAUGUUGGAGGCUUGAGAAGCCUCCUUUUCUCGGGAGAAAAUGUUGCGAUUCAUCAAAAUCAAAAUGAAAUGAAAAUCAAAAUCUGUACGUAAGCAAAUAUAAUGUGUAAGCAAGGCAUUUAUGUUAUAGCAAGUAGAAAUAUUCAUCAUGCUGGCAAUCGGAAGGGGCGCAGGAAAUGUUAAAAACUGUGCAACAGACAAAACUUGCCUUAAUGAACGGACAAUGAAAUUUUAGAUUGUUUAAAUAACAUAACUUACCAAUAAACUUACGAUUAUACCACAA